GUUAUUCAAACAGUGUUGAUUUGACUCUUGAGGCUGUUGGGGUUUUUUGCGUGCUGUACUCCUAUACAUAUAUAUUUGAAGAAAACUUUUGAAUUCCUGCGUUUACAAAAGAUGCCAGGAGAAAGACAGUCAAUCCGAGAUAACUCUGCUGUCGGCCGAUUCCAUGGCGUUUCAGCAAGGAAUGGAGAGGCCGUCGCGGAGAAACCCAGCGAGGGUAAAACGAAGAAACCGGAGAGCGGCUGCCGGCGCUGGCUACGAAAGGCUUGUCCAUGCUGCUUACGCCAACAGAGCAACUCUUAUGAUUUAACCAGUGAAGCGGAUGGUGUUGUUGCUGGAAAUAAUGAAAACGAACAGCCGGCAUCUCCAGUGUCUGUCAGUGUAGAAACGAAUGUGGAUGAUUUGUCUUUAGCGGUGCGUUCUGUGGAUCUGCUCAGCCGGAAAACUGACCGGAAUAAGAAGGAGCAUCACACGGAUCAGUACUGUGGAGAUCAGCUGAUCAUCCGCAGAGGACAGACUUUCCAGAUUGAGCUGGAACUCUCACGACCUUUCAACUCAAACACUGAUAAACUACACCUGGAGCUGAAGACAGGAGAUCUCCCGCUGGUGUCUAAAGGGACGCACAUCAUCAUCCCGCUGGUGGAGGAGCUCCAGGAUGAACGCUGGGAGGCCAAGAUUGUGGAGCAGAACCUCAACCGGGCCAAGCUGUCCAUCAACUCAUCUGUCACUGCUGUUAUCGGAAAAUACACGCUGACUGUCGUAACCCAGUGUCUGAAGACAAAGGAAUCUACCACACACGAUCCUGAAAAAGACAUUUACAUGCUCUUCAAUCCUUGGUGUGAAGAUGAUGCUGUGUUCAUGGAGGGAGAGAAAGAGCUGAACGAGUACGUCCUCAAUGACACCGGCAGGAUCUACUACGGCACGGAGAAGCAGAUCGGAGCUCGGACCUGGAACUUCGGUCAGUUUGAUGAAGGGAUUCUAGAGGCCUGCCUAUUUGUGCUGGAUAACAGUGAAGUUCCUCCAUCAGGAAGAGGAGAUCCGGUUAAUGUGGUCCGGGUCAUUUCUGCCAUGAUCAACUCUCCGGAUGACCGUGGUGUUCUGGAGGGAAACUGGUCUGGGAAUUACGCUGGAGGAACCUCUCCCACCGCAUGGAGUGGCAGUGUUGAAAUUCUCAAGCAAUACCACAGAGAAGGAGGAACGCCGGUCAGAUACGGACAAUGCUGGGUGUUCUCUGGAGUCACAACCACAGUAUUGAGAUGUCUCGGUAUUCCUGCCCGGUCUGUAACAAACUUCCAGUCUGCCCACGAUACGGAUGUGUCCUUGACCACAGAUGUGUAUUUUGAUGAGGACAUGGAGCCGAUCCAUCAUCUCAACUCUGACUCCGUAUGGAACUUCCAUGUGUGGAAUGACUGCUGGAUGGCGCGUCCGGAUCUGCCUCCGGGUUUGGGAGGCUGGCAGGCGGUGGACUCCACACCUCAGGAGACCAGUCACGGGACGUUUCGCUGCGGUCCGGCGUCUCUGGCUGCUGUUCGCUCAGGACAGGUCUAUCUCAAAUAUGACGUGCCGUUCGUCUUCGCUGAGGUGAACAGUGAUAAGAUCUACUGGCAGAGAAACCUGGACGGCACCUUCAGUCAGAUCCACAGUGAGAAGAAGGCUGUGGGUCACUGCAUCAGCACUAAAGCUGUGGGCUCCGAUGAACGAGUCGACAUCACAGACGUCUACAAAUAUCCUGAAGGCUCAGAGGAGGAGCGUAUCGCGGUGGAAACUGCCUGUCGGUACGGCAGUAAGCCGGAUGUGUACUCGAGCGCCAUGGCGGAGGACGUGCAGGUGGAGGUGCGGAUGGAGGGAGAAGGUCCUCGUAUGGGUGGAGACGCUCAGUUGAAGAUUGUGGUGAAGAAUAUGAGCUCUCAGCCACGAAGAACAACCCUCCACAGCCAGGCAGCAGUCAUGUACUACACCGGCGUUCUGAAGGACACCGUGAAGAAGGACAAGCUAAGCGUGGAGCUCAUGCCACAGGAAGAAAAGAUCAUCGACUGGACCCUGCCUUACACACAGUACCAGAAUCAGCUGGUGGACCAGGCUGCGCUCAUGCUGACUCUGUCUGGAAGAGUCAGUGAGACCCAGCAGGUUCUGGCCAACCAGACCACCUUUAGGCUCCGCACACCUGAUCUCCAAAUUGAGCCCAUUGGAGAGGCGUAUGUGGGUAAAGAGGCAUCUGCCAAGAUCAGCUUCACCAAUCCUCUGCCCUGCACUCUGCGUAAUGUGGUGGUCCGAGUGGAAGGACUGGGGCUCCGAGACCUGCAUCCCAUCAAAGUCGGUGAUGUGGGCAAGCAUGGUAAAGUAACAGUGACGGAACACUUCAUCCCAUCUAUAGCUGGCGAGAGGAAGCUGGUGGCAUCUCUGGACUGUAAACAGCUGACGCAGGUUCACGGUGUAGCCGAUAUCAUCGUUCACGAGAGCCAGUGAUUUCACAGUUUCUACCUUCACAGCAUUACUUCAGUAUUCAGAACUGCAUUAACCAUGUUUACACUGAGCCACCAGGUCAUUUCUUUAAAAGCUAGUCAUCUUUAAAGGAGUGACCCUCUCAUUUGCAUACUUUUAUAGGAAAUGUCCCACUUCUCCAAUCGUUCCUACUGUAUUUCCCUAAUUUUACAGAUUACCUAUUUACAGAUUAUUUAUUUAGCUUUGCUUUACUGUUUGUAUUAACUGCUUUUGGAAAAACAAUAUAUAUACAUUUAGAGGUAUUAUCUACAUUCACCGGCCACUUUAUUAGGUACACCAUGCUAGUACCGAGUUGGACCCCUUUUUGUCUUCAGAACUGCCUUAAUCCUUCAUGGCGCAGAUUCAACAAGAUACUGGAAAUAUUCCUCAGAGGUUUUGGUCCAUAUUGACAUGAUAGCAUCACACAGUUGCUGGAGAUUUGUCGGCUGCACAUCCAUGAUGAAUCUCCUGUUUCAUUACAUCCCAAAAGUGCUCUAUUUGACUGAGAUCUGGUGACUGUGGAGGCCAUUUGAGUACAAUGAACUCAUUGUCAUGUUCAAGAAACCAGUCUGAGAUGAUUUUUUAUGACAUGGUGUGUUAUCCUGCUGGAAGUAGCCAUCAGAAGAUGAGUACACUGUGGUCAUAAAGGGAUGGACAUGGUCAGCAACAAUACUCAGGUAGGCUGUGGCGUUGACAUGAUGAUCAAUUGGUACUAAUGGGCCCAAAAUGUGCCAAGAAAAUACCCCCCACACUAUUACACCACCACCACCAGCCUGAACCGUUGAUACAAGGCAGGUUGGAUUUAUGCUUUCAUGUUGUUAACUUCAAAUUCUUCAAACCCUACCAUCCGAAUGUGGCAGCAGAAAUCGAGACUCAUCAGACCAGGCGACAUUUUUCCAAUCUUCUAUUGUCCAAUUUGGUGAGCCUGUGUGAAUUGUAGCCUCAGUUUUCUGUUCUUAGCUGACAGGAGUGGCACCUGGUGUGGUCUUCUGCUGCUGUAGCCCAUCUGCCUCAAGGUUGGACGUGUUGUAAGAGAUGUUGUUCUGCAGACCUCAGUUGUAUCGAGUGGUUAUUUGAGUUACUGUUGUCUUUCUAUCAGCUGGAACCAGUCUGGCCAUUCUCCUCUGACCUCUGCCAUCAACAAGGCAUUUGCGCCCACAGAACUGUCGCUCACUGGAUAUUUUCUCUUGUUCAGACCAUUCUCUGUAAACCCUAGAGAUGGCUGUGAGUGAAAAUCCCAGUAUAUCAGCAGUUUCUGUAAUACUCAGACCAGCACGGCGGACACCAACAACCAUGCCACGUUCAAAGUCACUUAAAUCCCCUUUUUUCCCCAUUCUGAUACUCAGUUUGAACUGCAGCAGAUCGUCUUGACCAUGUCUUCAUGCCUACAUGCAUUGAGAUGCUGCCAUGUGAUUGGCUGAUUAGAAGUUUGCGUUAACAAACAGUUGGACAGGUGUACCUAAUAAAGUGGCCGGUGAGUGUAUAAGUAUUAAGUAUUAUAACUUAAUGAAUGUUUUAUAUAUAUAUAUAUA